AUGACCAGGUUCCCGAGCACCGCAUCAGACAACGAACCCGCACAUCUCACGCAAAUGGAGGACGAACGUCACCGCAGCACCCUCAUCAAGGACUUCAUGAGCGGGGCUGAGGUGGAGGGCGACGGGGACGCGAGCCAUGGCGACCCCUCCGUCCCCCAGAACGACCAGAAGGCGCAGGAGUACCUGGAAAUAGACGACGAGGAUGACACGACUGUCGUCCGCCUCGCCGCCGGUGAGCUAAAGGAGAACACAAACAUCUACAAGUCCGCCUUCCACGUCUUCAAAGCAAACGUCGGCACCGGCGUGUACCUACUGCCCACCUUCUACCCCGAUGCAGGCUACGCAGUCUCUGUGAUCCUCACCGUCCUCAUGGGCGCCGCCGUCAUCGACUGUACGCGGAUGCUGGUGGAUGUGAAGGUGACGAUCAACCGCAGCGAUGUGACCACCUACUCGCAGGUGUGCCGCUACGUGUGCGGCGCCGGAUUGGGUUGGUUCUUGUUUGUUGCCAUGGCCCUUGCGCAGUUUGGCUUCUGCCUCAUGUACAGCCAGCUGUUUGGUGACACCAUGGAUGACCUCGUCAACUUCAGGGGCUCCAAGUACUUGUGGGUGUCGGUGAUGCUCUUCCUGUGCUUCCCCAUGACGUGCUUUUCCGACAACCUCUCGCUGCUCGCCAUCGGCUCCAUCAUCGCCACCGUCAGUGUCUUCUACUCCCUCAUAUCCUGCUUCGCAACGUCGCUCGUACAGCUCAACCAGGACGGUGUUCACCCGGGCUGCAACGUCGCCGGCAACCGCAUCCCCGUGGGCUGGUUCAAUAACCUCGCCAACAACAUGAUGGUGCUGGAGGGCAUUGCCAUCAUCCUGCCGGUGCACGCCGCCUGCACGAAGAAGCGGCUGGUGCUCAAGAUGGCGACCCUUGUCAUCAUCGGCGUGAUUGCUUGGUACAUACUGUUUGGCUUGACUGGCUACCUCGCCUACGGCAACUCCAUGACCACCUCGCUGGUGGCCAAGGUGGCGCACUCGCCGUGGGGUACGAGUGUGCGCGUGUGUUUUAUGCUCAACCUCAUCUUCACCUACCCGGUGCAGUUCAUGCCAGCGAUGCAGCUGAUUGACCAGACGGUGAGGUGCAAACCACAUAGCUGGAUAGGCAUCGGCCUCCGUCUGCUCAUCAAUCUUGUUAUCUGGGCCCUGGCCAUGGGGAUGCCGACCUCAGCCGUCAACACCGUCGUCGCGUUCAUUGGCGCGCUGCCGUCAGUGUGCAUGGUCAUGAUCAUCCCGUCGGUCCUCGCCAUGCAUGUGAAGUAUGCCGUGGCGUACCCCGAUGCGGACCGCAACACGCUGCAGUACUGGAAGAAGAUCUUCGUUGCGACGCCGUGCGUUACCUUCAAGCGCAUCCGCUGCUACGUGUACCUUCUCGUGGGAGUGCUCAUCAUGGUUAUCGGCACAUACAGUAUCAUCGAGACUCUAUAG